CAUUUAAAAUGGACAGAAAGUUUUCAUAAUUUGAUGCAGGAUAUAGAUGGCGUUAAACUAUUUAAAGAAUAUUUAAAGGGAGAUAAUUUUAGUGACAAACUAAUUGAUUUUCACUUUGCGUGUUUGGGCUUUAAAAUUAAAGUUUCGACUGAUCCUGAAAACUUUUCAAACUUAGCAAAGUCUAUUUAUAAAAAAUUUAUUAAAGGUGAUUCUAUGCCUUUAAAAUCAUCUGUCAAGAAGCAAAUAGUUGAAGCUUUGAAGACGAAAAAUAUCAACGAAAGCAUUUUUGAUGUGGCCCAAGCAGAAAUCGAUUUAAUCUUAAAAACAAAUCAUUAUCCAGCAUUUCUUACCUCAGAUAUUUUUAUAAAAUUUGCUGAAACUGAAUUAGAGAAUUCAAAAAUC